AUGACUGAACAGAAGCCUAAUAUAAAUAGUGACUUAGAGUCUGAGAAAUCUAAUGAAAAUGUUCCUGAUCAGGGCUCUCAAUCGGUGUCCUCUAUUCAGACAGAAGUUAUUCAAGACAUGAAUGUGGAGUACCUUAGCGCAGACUCAGAAUUGACAGUUGACCUCCCCGAGGAUAUUAAGGUUAUCGACCUUAUCCAUUUGAAGAUACAGUCCAUGGAGGCGUUGAAUCUUUAUAGAUUUAAAAAACUUGAGAAAUUAUAUUUAAGACAGAACUUGAUUGAAUCCAUUAGUGAAGUGGAAGUCUUGCCUGCAGAUCAUCUUGAAGAGUUGGAUCUGUAUGAUAAUAGGAUUAAACAUAUUUCUAGAAAUGUUAACAAACUUGUUAAGUUGAAGAAUUUAGAUUUCUCUUUUAACAAGAUAAAGAACAUAAAGAAUAUCGAUAAGUUGACCCAACUGGAACGACUCUAUUUUGUUCAGAACAAAAUAUCCGUAAUUGAAAACCUCAACACACUCACAGACUUAAAGAGCCUAGAGUUAGGUGGGAAUAGAAUUACUGAAAUUGGACCAGACUCUUUACGGGGCCUUGAUAAACUAGAAGAGAUUUGGUUAGGUAAGAAUUCUAUUACAAGAUUUAUGAAUCUACAAUAUUUAAAGAAUUUGAAGAUUUUAUCGAUUCAAUCAAACAAAUUAAGGGUGAUUGAGGGACUAGAGGAAUUGGAAAAUUUAGAAGAGCUAUAUCUGUCUCAUAAUUUCAUUGAACACAUUUCAGGCCUCGAAAAGAAUGUCAAACUAACCACUUUGGAUAUCACUGCUAAUAAGUUAACAAAAAUUGAAAAUGUUAAGCAUUUGAAGCGUUUAACUGAUCUAUGGGCUUCAUUUAACCAAAUAGAUCAAAGUUUUGAAUCCUUGGGAGAGGAACUAAUUGCUUUGCCGGAAUUUGAAACUAUAUAUUUGGAGGGAAAUCCUAUACAAACAAAGAAUGAAACGACAUACAGGAGAAAACUUGUUCUGAAUCUUGGCCCAUCCCUUCAGAAAAUUGAUGCCACCUACAUUCGUGGUUGA